GGCGCGGCCGCCGCCUCCGCCGGCCAGGCCACGGCCCCGCCCGGGCUCCGACGCGGGCUCCGGCGCUGGGCGGCUCCGCGCGCGGGGCGCGGGGUCGGGCGGCGGCGGGCGGCGCGGGUCGGCGCCAGCGGCGGCGCCAGCGUCGCCUCGCGCGACGCCUCCCGCGACGCGCGCGCCGACGGCCUCUGGGUGCGCGUGCAGGACGUCAUCAGCUAUACGGUGAGCGUGGGCGUGGUGGACAAACUGGCGUUGUACUGCGGCGGCGUCCGCGGCCCCAUCGAUGGAGAUCCGCCCGCCGCCCACUUCCUGCUGGCCGGCCUGCAGCUGCUUACCACCCUCGCAGCCAGGUGCAGCGAGUGCUGCGGGGUGCGCGGGGGCGGCGGCCACGACGACGCGACGCAGCUGGCGGCCACGCUGCAGGUGACGGAGCUGGUGGGCGCGGUGUCCAUGCUGUACGGCAUGCUGCUGCAGCAGGGCGCUCCGGCCCGCGGGCCCGGCGCGUCGCCGCCUCCUCCGCUGCCGCCGCACACGGUCGCCGUCACCGCCGCCACCAUCCGCCUGCUGGGCCGCGUCGCUGAGCUCGACCUCCACAUGCUGCAGAGCGUGCUGGGCGCGGAGGGUAUCAGCCUGCAGUUCCGCCACAUCGCCUCCUACCUGCUGUGGUACUGCGCGCGCGGCUCCGAGCGCGACCUGCUGCACGAGGUGGUGCGCGUCGUGGGUUUCUUCGCCGUGCGCAACCCUGACAACCAGCUGCUGGAGGACUUCCGGGCGUCGGAGGCGGCGCGGCGUGACCGCCUGGUGCUGCUGUUGGACGGCGGGGGCGGCGGCGGCGCGGCCGCC